UCACACACAAAAGAAAACAGUCUUUACAUCUUUUCAAGCACUCGUUCAUGGCUUCUAAGAUCUUUCAUCCCAUUUCCUUCAUCUUCCUCAUUUUCAUCCUACUUGCUCCAAUUGGCCAUGCCAAUAGGAGCAUCCCAAGUGACAAAAACUCAUCACCUUUUGAUUUCAUCAAGUCAUUAAAAGGUUGUCACAAGGGAAACAACACAAAAGAAAUCCACGAGCUCAAAGCCUACCUCGAGAAAUUCGGUUAUCUCAAUUAUCCAAACAAAACCCAUGCCACUGAGGAUGAUUUCGAUGAUACCCUAGAAUCAGCCAUCAAAACCUACCAGAAAAACUUCCACAUCAAACCCUCAGGUAUCAUAGAUGACGAAACGAUAUCGGAAAUGACAGCCCCACGAUGCGGGGUGCCUGAUAUUGUUGACGGUACCAACUACAUGCAACCUCGUGACAAUAAACACGAGGCGAGCUCGAGCAACUUCCACAUAGUAUCUCACUACAGUUUCUUUCCAGGAAACCCUAGAUGGCCUAAAAGCCAUCUCACUUAUAGAUUUGUGUCCAACUAUCCCACAAAUGCUAUUCCCCCAGUGGUAAGUGCCUUCCAAAAGUGGGAUGCUGCAACCCACUUUUCCUUUUCACAAGUCCCAACCAAUCAAUUCUCUGAUUUGCUUAUAGGGUUCUUUAGAGGUAAUCACGGAGAUGGAGCCCCUUUUGAUGGCCGUGGCGGAACUCUAGCUCAUGCAUUUUCACCAACAGAUGGAAGGUUCCAUUACGACGGCGACGAGAUGUGGUCCGUUGCGCCAGCUCCGGGUGCUUUUCACCUUGAAACCGUUGCAAUUCAUGAAAUCGGACACCUUUUAGGGCUUGGGCACAGUUCAGUUAAUGGAGCAAUCAUGUUUCCGUCGAUCGGAGCUGGACAGACUAAGAACUUGCAUCCAGAUGACAUUGAAGGAAUAAGAGUUCUGUACAAUAAAUAAAAUGUUAUGUUUAAUCCGUCAUAGUAAGUAUUAAUGUUGUGUGUGAAAAUAAUUUCCCUAUGUUGGAAUUUGUAAUAGUAUCUAAGGUUACUCGUUCGCCGAGCAGCCCAUGUGUACGUCCUAAUAGAGUCGAGCAUGAUAUAAGCUCAUUUUCGGGUUUUCUUUGUUGGUUCUUUCCCGGAUCGCAAAUACGUCAGAACCGUAUAGGGUUGCUAGAAGAGUCUAUAUAUACUACCACUUUUAUUAUUUUCA